GUCAUCAAACAAAAUCAUAUACCGCUGAUAUCGCGACCGCACGUCAAUUUGUGAUAAAUUGAUAAGCUCAGUACUUGUUGAUUUUGAUAAAAUCAUUUUGAUCAAUAGCAAAACAAAACUUACUUCAGUUAGUGCUUUAAGAAAAGGAACAAAAUGAAGUCGCUUGCGUUUAGUGUUUUACCAAAGUGCGAAAUCUUUGUGUUAUUAUGUAUCAUAAAUUCAAUUUACGGAAGAAUGUUUGGUGAAGAGGGAUAUUAUCCAGCCGGUUACUACGACAGCCAGCAAGUUCAAUACGAGAAAAUAAAAACUGCGCUUACAAAGCUGGAACACACCCCACAAUGGGUGAGUGAUUGGCCAGAUCCAUCUAUCAGAAUGGGCCAGGUGUCAGGAGUGGCUAUAGACAACUCUGGCCAAGUGCUGGUGUUCCACCGGUCCCACAAUGUCUGGGAUGCAACAACUUUCAACAACAGGGAUGUGUAUCAGGGUAUUGGUGAAGAUGCUAUACCGGAACCAACAAUAUUAGUUCUGAAUGACACCGGAGAACUUGUUGAUAUGUGGGGCCAAAAUCUGUUCUACAUCCCACACGGCAUUACAGUCGACAAUGAAGGCAAUGUGUGGGUGACGGAUGUGGCUCUGCAUCAAGUCUUCAAGUUCACACCGGAUGAUAAAGUUAAACCAAACAUGACACUCGGAGAGAAGUUUAUACCGGGCAAUGACGACAAGCAUUUCUGCAAGCCGAGUGCGGUCGCCGUUCUAGCCAACGGCGACUUCUUCGUGGCGGAUGGCUACUGCAACCACAGGAUCCUCAAGUUUUCUCCAGAUGGAACCAUCAUACUACAGUGGGGAAUAAGCCACGGUAACUCCCCAUUUGCGUUCAACGUGCCUCACGCGCUUACACUAGCAGAGGACCGCGGUUUGGUCUGCGUCGCUGACAGGGAGCGAGGCAGGGUCGCCUGCUUCCGACAUGAUAAUGGAACCUACGAAGGCAGCUUUAGCAGCUGGCUGAUGGGGGGGAGACUGUUCAGCGUCGCUUAUGCUCCUGUACAUGGUGGUCGCCUCUACAUAGUAAACGGACCAAACAGCUUACCAACGCCGGUGCCGGUUCGAGGCUUCGUGAUCGACUUCUCCACCGGUCGCCUCAUUCAAACCUUUGCUCCUGACGAGGGUCUGAGAAACCCACACGACGUCGUGGUCUCUGCGGACGGCUCGAAGGUCUACGUAGCAGAAUUAAAUCCCUUCAGAGUGUACAAGUUCGUGGAUGAAGCGUUAAAGAAUGAGAGUCGGUUAGAGAAGAAUGUGACGUCUUCGCAUGUGAAACCUACUGCUACUGUCGAGGUAGUGGGCAGCGUGGGGGCGGGCGGGGGCGCGUGGGAGUGGUGGAGCGGCGCGCUCGGGGGCGCGGGGGGCGCCGCCGCCGCCGCGCUGCUCGCACUCGCCGCGCUCGCACUGCUGCGCGCCAGGAACACCGGUCGGAAAGGUGUGACGCGUCGUCGCUGGGAGUAUGGGCACGGUGAGUUCAAGUUGCGACGCCUGCUGGAGCGGCGGCGGUUCACGCGGGUACACUCCGACGACUCGGACGAGGAGCCCGCGCCAAUGUUGCCGCAAACAUUGCCCGCCAACGCAUGAUGCCCAUACCAACACGCCAACCAAUGCCACAUGUGAACCCAGCUCGUAUAUUGGACCCAAUGUUUGUGGACGUCUAAAUACCUGCCGAUAUGUUUUUCAAUUAUUUACCCUAUCGUUUUUUGUGCCAAGGUAAAUCCAUUCAUAUAUGUGCAAUCUGUACAGUUGCAUGAAAUGUGCAGCAAGUAAUUGCUAUGUAAAUAUAAUCAAACCUAAUUCAUGCUUCUAUGUGAAGGACAUGGACUUUAAUACUUUUAAAGGAUUUCGACGUGCACAAACAUGUAAAUUAGAUAAAAUAGCUCUUCAAAGAGUGACCUAAAAUGUCUAUAAAUUAUUCGUCAUCGCCAAAUAAGGUGUAAGUAGAUAGGUAAGUAUUUGUACAGAUUCUGAUAUUCGUCUUGCAAAGCAAAAUUAACUUUAUGCUAACGACUGUAGGAUGCGUUUUGUAUCGAGUGUUAAAAAUGAAAAGAACAGCUAAUUUUGUAAUUCUUGCACAGUAAUCGUUUGAUAUCACCCUUGAUCGUUCGAGUACCUAACUAAUCGUAAAUUAAUUAAUGUGAAAACGCACCGUCGUACAAUUAUCACUAGAAUAAAUAAUGAGCUUCGAGUGAUUGAAUCAUAGUUAUGUAUAUACAAUUACAGAUAUACUAUCUAUAUAUAUAGGUAUGUCCUUAGGAAUAUGUACAUGAACACUAGUAGUAGGCUGUGAGGGGUUCUUGCACUCUCCCUAAAAAGGAUUUAUUUUUUCAAGCUUCAAACGCGGAGAUGGCUCAUAUUACAACAGGUAAUGUGUAAGGAGAAGGGAAGGGGGGACGAUAAAAAGCAGGGGAGGGGGAUUUUAUGUAUGAUUUAGGACUUCUAGAUUAUGAGAUUUACGCCCGAAUACUCAAACGCUACUCAAUUUUAAGUUGUACUUAAAUAUCGUGCUAUCUCUGUCAUUUUAUAAAAAAUUGAUAGUGACAGAACAACAUUUGAAAGCGUCUAAAAAUUGAGUAGCGUUUGAGUAUUCGGGCAUGAGACACAUUACAAGUGGAACAGGAAGAAUAUAGUUCUAUUCAGUUCUCAACUUUGUGGAAAAGGGAUACAAGUGCUGUCAUUGGCUCUUUGCAGCCCACUACUGGCACCCAUGGUAUUGUAUAACAGUGUAUAAUUAUGUAUGUAUUGAAAUAUUGAACGUGUGCAAAGUAUUGUCGCUUGACAGCCCUGGAUUCAUUUGAUAGGAAAGUGAAUCAAGUUUUUAAAUACAAAUUAAUUAUUAAACUUCAACUGGCAAAGCGCCUUCAUAGUUAUUGCGAGUUACAAAUCACACAUAGGUACGGUAAAACGGGGUGAAUAGAAUUCAAAGGGUGUGACACAAGAGUGGGGUGAAGAGAUGUUAGAACAUUUUCGCAACAUUUAUUCUCCCCUCUUCCGUGUCUAUUCACCCCUCGAAUUCUAUUCACCCCGCUUUUACGGUAAUGGAAUAUUUGAAAUUAAUAACUGUAAAACUGUUUUAAUUAAAUAAAGUGUGCUAAUAUUCCUUGAUGUCCAGGGUUAAAUGAUUCGAUAUUGCAUUAAGGAUUAGUUUAAGAAGAAUAUAAUUAUAAGUGUAAGUGAAUAAAUAGAAAAGUGCCGUAAAAUUACUUAGGUACGUAAAAGUGCUAUUCAGUUUCAAUUAAAAUACAAAUAGUUAUCUGUACUGAUAUAUUUGUCAUAAAUAAAAAAUACAAAACAUUCUUUCUUACAAGCAUUAAAUUCGAGAAACAUUAUAUUUUGGAAAAAUACACCUUAUAUUUUACACGCUUGAGUUUAAAAUGUCUUGUUAAUAUUAUCUUUUCGCUAUUAUAAUAUGAUUUCUAGGUGAUAGCUUCGGAUCGAACACGGGUCUUAUUUCGCAAGAUAGACCUGAAACAAUAAAUACAAUGAUUUAUAAAAUGUACACAUAAUAAAAUGAAAAUGGUUACAUAUUCUUUUAGUUUAGAAAUUUCAUUUAGACCAAAGUUCAAUGUGAAAUAUAAUUUGUCUGUCGGUCUGACUGCCUUGUUGAUCAAGUGGACACAAAUACGACAAAAGGGAUCUCGGGUUUGAUUCGAAAUAAUAAUUGAGAUUAUCCAAUAUUUUCUACUUUUAGAUUUCUACUAAGAGAAUUUGUUUUCAGAUUACUUAAUAUAGGCUAGCUGUAAAAAUAAUUAUAAAAUAUUUCGUGCCUAACUUGCAUUUACUGUUAAAUAAUUUAGUAAAGUGUCAAAUAUUCACUGGCAACCAGCUCAGCAGUGAAUAUUUGCUUUAGGUAUAUUGCAAGUUAUUUAUUGAGUUAUAUAUAAAGCAAAAACCACCUUCCUACUAAAAUCUUAAGUACCAAUAUUCCUUGCACAUCUUGUACAAAUACUACUUAGAUUAAAAAGUGCCAAAUUAUAGCUUAGAUAUUAAGUUUAGAUCGAAUAGUCGCUUUCGUUGAGUCGUGUUGUAAUUUAAUAAUGUGUGUACAUACAAAAUGUAUGAUGUGUAAAGUAAUUCAGUGUCAAAAUAAGUGUAUUUUUGUCUCCACAAUUAAAUUAUGUAGUUAAGUGA